AUGAAACGUAUAAACGAUUAUUUUACUAGUAAUGCUAGCGCCACAAAUGCUAAAAAAAAUUGUACUCAAUUUGAUGCUGUUGAAAAUAUAAAUUCCGCCCCUUCUGGUAGCUGUAAUUUUGAACUUACAACAGUUACGACUGAGAAAGUCUUCAGCAAAGAACCAUUAUUCUCAACAGAUUCUUAUGAAUUACAACUUCAAGAUGCUGACUGUGUGACCAAAAAAACAAGGGAAAACGAUUCCAGUGUCGAUGAUCAUGAUAAUUAUAGUGAUAUUACAUCAAAUCUGGAUUAUACUAAUACAAGUAGUGAUGAUAUUGAUGACUGUGAAUCUGAAGAUGCAAUUUAUGAAGCUAGUGAUAUUACAUCUGUUCCUACGAGCAGCCAAUCAGUCAAAACUGUUAAACAAGUUCCUGGACCAAAUGAUAUUUCUCAAACUCUAGAUGAUGGACCAAAACAGCCAAGAUUGGUAUGUUACCCUAAAACCAAAUUUGGUAAAAGAAUGAGACAUUUCUCAUCAAAAUGGUUUGAUAGUUAUAAUUGGCUUGAGUAUAGUAUAAUAGAUAAUUCUGAUUUUUGUUUUCCAUGUCGUUUUUUUGCCAAAAACAAAGACAAACCCAUUUUCAUAAGUGUAGGUUUCAAAAAUUGGAAAAAUGCAUUAGAUCAAAAUUCUGGUUUAAGGAAACACAAUAAUAGUGAAGAACACAUGAUUUCAAACACUAUGUGGAUAUCCUACUUAGACAUGGAAAAAUUAGGUAAUUUGUCUGUGGCAUCAUUGAUAGAUGAAGGCCAUAAGAAACUAGUUUUAGAAAAUCAAAAUUAUGUCAAGAUGAUUGGGAGAACUUUGUUGUAUACUGCUAUACAAGGCAUAGCACAGAGGGGUGACAAUGAAGAAGAAAGUUGUGCUAACCGUGGUAACUUCAUUGAACUUUUAAAUUUAAUUGGUGAUAUUAGUGAUGAAUUUAAAAGUAAAAGUAAAACAUUACCAAAUAAUGCUAAAUAUACAAGCCCUCAAAUCCAAAAUGAAAUGUUUUCAAUUUUCAAUAAAAUGAUCCGUAACAAAAUUAUUGAUGAAUUACAAAAGUGUCAGUAUUUUUCUAUAAUUGUGGAUGAAACAAAAGAUAUUACUAAAGUGGAACAGUUAUCAGUUAUAUUAAGAUAUUACUUAGAUGGUAUAAUAUAUGAACGUUUCAUGGGGUUUAGAGCUGCACAAUCAUUAACUGCUAGUUCUCUCUUUCAAUACAUUAAAGAAAUACUUUCUGUUCAUAAUGUUGAUAUACUGAAAUGCGUUGCUCAAACCUAUGAUGGUGCCAGUGUCAUGAGUGGAAAGAAUAAUGGGGUACAAGCAUUAUUCCGUCAAGAAGUAUCUCAGGCUAUAUAUGUACACUGUUACAAUCAUAGGCUUAAUCUGGUAAUUUCUGAUGUUUGCAAAAAUAUUCCAACUGUGAAAAUGUUUUUUGAUAUUGUAGAAAAUUUAUAUGUCUUUGUAUCUGGUUCUGCUAUACAUUCAAAGUUUAUGGAAAUUCAAACAAUUAUGAAGUACAGACCUGCUGUUGAACUUAAAAAGAUAUGUUUGACAAGAUGGACAGCGCAAGUCUUUGCUUGCUUAGCAUUAAAAAAAGGUCUUAGUCCACUGCUAGUUUUAUUAAAUAAAUUGAUAUUUGAGAAAGGUGACCGUGCGGCUGAGUCAAAGGGCUUACUACAUUUAAUAGAUUUUGACUUUGUAUUUAAUUUAAUUAUGUUUUGUGAUAUUCUUCAAACACUAAAAACAACAAGUGAUUAUUUGCAAAAUGUAAAAGCUGAAAUGGCUGAAUCUUUAGUACUUAUUUCAUCAAUUAUAACUACUUUUAAAACCAUGAGAACUGAUGAAACCGAGAACAAUAAUUCCAAUUUUAAUAAAAUGUACAUAGAGGCUAUAAAUAUUUGUAAAGAAAAUAACAUAUCGAUACCAAGUGAACAUAGUAAAAAAAAAAGAACAAAAAAAGUCCCCGAAAAAUUUAAACAGUACAUAUUUACUGAGAAUAGUUCUUUAGAAACUAAUCGAGUUUCAUCAAAAAAUGGUUUAAGACAACAUGUAUACAUACCUGCCUUGGAUUAUAUAAUAAAAGAACUAGAAGCACGAUUUACAGAUAAUUAUUGUGUGUUGUCAUCAAUAUCUUACUUACAUCCCCAAAAUGAAAAGUUUUUAAGUUAUGAACAUUUGAAACCUUUAGCUGUUCAUUAUAAUCUUGAUUUAGAAAAUCUAAGGGCAGAACUACAAAUUUUACCAACAACUAUCAAAAAAUAUCAAAUUCAAAAUAUUAAUGUUAAAGUAAACAACCUAGUGAAUUUAAUUGAACUACUUGAGAAGUAUAAGUUAGCUUUCAUUGAAACAUAUAAGCUAGCUACUAUUGUAAUUACUGUUCCAGUAUCAAGUGCAGCUUGCGAAAGAACUUUUUCAUAUUCUUUAUACAACAUACCGUCUAUUGAUGAUCGUCUAGUGAUGAGUGUGAAAGGGAAGCCCCCUUCAAGUAUUCCAUUGGAAAAAAUUAUGGAAAAUGAUAAAAGGGCCAACCACUAUUGGCCCCCCUAG